AUGUGGCGGGCGCGGGAGAAGACGUCCGUCUCGGCGUCGACAGCGAGCUCGUCAGUGAGUGGACUUGGCGGCGCCCACGUGGCGGCGAGUGUCCAGAGCAAUGGCCGGCGUCCGAGCAACCCGCGCGUGACACCGACCAAGAUCGGCAAGCCGACGACCAAGACCAAGCCGACGACGCAAGCGAUCGCCGAGAUUGAGAAGAACCGGGAGGACCGGCGCAAGGCCAUGGCGCUCGUGAAGAAGGAGCGCGAGCAAGAGUCUCUCAACAACGAGCGCAACGGAACGCCGGGCGACGUGGACUUUCAGCGCAUGAUCAAACAGUUCCGCGAGCAAGACCACCAGGAGCUGAGUCACACAUCCAAGGGCGAAAUGAAGAUCACGAUCUGCGUGCGGAAGCGCCCGGUCAACAAGCGCGAGGUCCGCGUCAAAGACUACGACUGCAUCACGUGCUGGCACCCCAAGGUCAUCAUCCACGACUGCAAGCUCAAGGUCGAUGGCAUCACCAAGUACCUCGACAGCAAUGCGUUCGCCUUCGACCACAGCUUUGACGAGCACACGUCGAACGCGACCGUGUACAAGUACACGGCGCAGCCGCUGAUCCAGUUUGUCUUCAACGAAGGGGGGCGCGCGACGGUCUUUGCGUACGGCCAAACCGGCAGCGGCAAGACGUACACGAUGGAGGGCAUCCAGUCGCAGGCCGCAACAGACCUCUUUGCUCAGCUCGACAAGUGGCGCGACACCACAGGUCAAACGCUCGAGCUCUGGAUGAGCUUCUUUGAGAUCUACGGCGGCCAGUGCCAAGACCUCUUGCGCCAGAAGCGUCUCACGAUCCGCGAAGACGGCAACGGCGAAGUGCAAAUCGUCGACUUGGACGAAGUUCGCAUUCACUCGGAGGCCGAGCUGCUCCAAACCAUGCAGCGCGGCAACGCUUUGCGCACGACGCACGCAACUGAAAUGAACGACCAGUCGUCGCGCUCGCACAGCAUUUGCCAGCUUCAUAUCCGCGAAGCCGGCUCGAUGAAACUACACGGCAAGCUAUCGCUCAUUGACCUCGCGGGCAGCGAACGCGGCGCCGACACCAAGAGCCACAACCGCCAACGGCGCAUGGAGUCGUCCGAGAUCAACAAGAGCCUCCUCGCACUCAAAGAGUGCUUUCGUGCGCUCGACAGCGGCGGACGCGGGGCUCACAUCCCUUUCCGAGCGAGCAAGCUCACGCAGGUGCUCAAAGAUUCGUUUGUGAAUGCCAAGGCCCGCACGGUCAUGAUUGCGGCCGUCUCGCCCUGCGCGUCGUCGGCCGACCACACGAUCAACACGCUCCGGUAUGCGGACCGCGUCAAGGAAAAGGCGGUCGAGCCCGACGACGGCUCUGCAGACCCACUGCACGUCCAUGUCAAGCAUCUCAUGCAUCGUCCCGGAAGCAGCCCCGAGAAGCCCCCGCCGCCACCGCCGCCACCGGGCAACUCACUCGCAGAUCUCAUGUCGGAAGCGGUGUCGCGCAACUUGACCGAUAUUGCCUUGUCGGACGACGAUGACGAGCUGCAUGACGACGACGCGUCGACGUACUCGGAUGCGGAUCACAUCGACUACGUCGACCCGCGCGACUCGACGUCGAGCCAAGACGACAUCAAGAUGCUCCACAGCGCGCUCCGCAACCAAACCCCGGAUGGGGCCAUCGACGACGAAGACCACUCGCUCGAAGACCUCCAUGAAGUGGUUCAAACGCUGUACGAAGAGCAAGAGAAUUUGCUGAGCAGCCACAUGACGGCGAUUCAGGAAAACGCGGAGCUCCUCACGGAGGAGGGCAUGCUCCUCUCCGACGUCCAAGGCGAAGCGGUGGUCGAUUAUGACAUUGACCAAUACGCGCAGCGUCUCGACGAGAUCCUCGCCAAGAAGGAAGCGACAAUCCGCAAGCUGCGAUUGCAAUUGUCGCAGUUCAGGACGCGCUGCAAAGAGGAAGAGGCCGCCGCCAAGCGUGUGGCCCAAGUGCCAUUCUACUAA